CACACGACCUCACAAUUUAUACAAUUUCUGUAUUACUAUUUCUUUCUUUCAUAAUUCAUAAUUCCAUUCUCUUUGAAGCUCGGAACUCCACUGAUGGCUGACUACUUCAUGCAUGCAGUUCAAUAUGAUGCUUAUGGCGGUGGAGCUGCUGCUUUAAAGCAUAGGGAAGUUGGAGUUCCAAGUCCAAAGAAGAAUGAAUUAGUUGUAACAGUAGAGGCAGCCAGUAUAAACCCUUUUGAUUGGAAAGUCCAGAAAGGGAUGUUAAGACCACUUCUUCCCUCAAAAUUCCCUUUUAUUCCUGGUACUGAUGUGGCUGGAGAGGUAGUAGCUGUAGGAGUGGGAGUAAACAAAUUCAAAGCUGGUGAUAAAGUGUUGGCUAUGAUUAACCCUUUUAAUGGAGGUGGGUUGGCGGAGUUUUCAAUUGUAAAAGAUAGCAUAACGGCUCACAGACCACCAGAAAUCUCAGCUUCUGAAGCAGCAGGCUUACCCGUCGCUGGUCUAACCGCUCACCAAGCUCUCACACAUCUUGACGAAGUCUCUGGCCGACAACCAAACAUUCUGGUCACCGCAGCCUCAGGGGGGGUAGGACACUACGCCGUUCAACUUGCAAAGCUCCGAAAUGCACAUGUAACAGCCACUUGCGGGGCUCGAAAUAUCAAACUCGUCAAAGGCUUAGGGGCAGAUGAGGUUCUUGACUACACAACCCCAGAGGGUGCUAGUUUAAGCAGCCCGUCGCAGCGUAAAUACGACAUUGUAGUACAUUGUGCAACCGGGAUACCAUGGUCAAGGUUCGAGCCUAAUUUGAGUCCUAGUGGGAAAGUGAUAGAUAUUACUCCUGGAUUUGGGACAUUGUUGAGUUAUGGUCUUCAGAUGGUGAGUUUCUCAAAGAAAAAGUUGGUGCCUUUGCUACUUAAUCCUAAAGGGAAAGAUUUGGAGUAUUUGGUUAAGUUAAUGAAAGAAGGGAAGCUGAAGACUGUGAUUGAUUCAAAGUAUCCUUUGAGUGAAGCCGAAAAGGCUUGGGCUAAGAGUAUUGAGGGCCAUGCAACUGGAAAAAUUAUUGUUGAGCCUUAGGUCUAUUUAAUUUACUUGGGUGGAAAUACACAAAUGAUUAUUGGAAGAGCAUUAAUUUAAUUACGAGAUAAACUAUGUUGAUUUAAAUCUCUUCGUAAUGUACUCUAUAGCUAUAUGAUUGUGAGAUUAAGACUA